AGCACGGCAUAAAUCAAUCGAAGGCCUUUUCGUCCUAUUUCUCUUCAGGCUGAUUCGCCCAAAACACCGAAACCCUAAUUCUUUCCUUUAACCGUCGAAUUCCCAGCUGGAUCGUAGAGCUUUUGAUCGGGGAGAUGAAUUUCUCUAUGACUCGAAAGAAGACCCCUUUCCAGAAACAUCGAGAAGAGGAGGAGGCCAAGAAGAAGAGGGAGGAGGAUGAAACUGCUCGAUUGUAUGCCGAGUUUGUGGAGUCCUUCCAAGGUAGCGAAGCACCUGGGUCCAAGGCUUUUGUUAGAGGAGGGAUGAUUGAUCCAAAUGAGAAGAUGAAGACAAAUUCAGAAGGUGGAAAUUCCAAAGAUGGGCCAUCUGUUCCAAAGAAGGGAACUAGGUAUGUGCCAUCCUUUCUACCUCCACCUUCUAAUAAAGGGACCGAGCCAGAGAAAAAGAAGGAUGAUGAGAGGCCAAGGGAAAAGGAGAAAGGAAAACCACGUGCAAUCGAUAAUUUCCUGGAAGAGCUGAAGCUUGAACAAGAGCUGAGGGAGAAGCGUAAUCAAGAACGUGAGCAAAGACGCGAAGGGCGAUAUGGUGAUAGUUCUGUGCCGCCUAGCCGUUUUGAUGAAUUGCCUGAUGAUUUUGAUCCAAGUGGAAGACUUCUAGGAUCAUUUGACGAUGGGGAUCCCCAGACUACAAAUUUGUAUGUUGGGAAUCUUUCACCACAGGUGGACGAAAAUUUUCUAUUAAGGACGUUUGGAAGGUUUGGUCCCAUUGCUAGUGUGAAAAUAAUGUGGCCUCGAACAGAAGAAGAACGUAGGAGGCAAAGAAAUUGUGGCUUUGUUGCAUUCAUGAACAGAGCUGAUGGACAGGCUGCCAAGGAUGAGAUGCAAGGUGUAGUUGUGUAUGAUUAUGAAUUGAAGAUUGGGUGGGGUAAGUCGGUAUCACUUCCAGCGCAGGCUCUGCCUGCUCCCCCACCUGGGCACAUGGCUAUUAGAAACAAGGAGGGUAACACUGUGAUUCUAUCUGGCCCUGAUGGGCCUCCAGUUACGUCUGUGACUAGUCAAAGUUCUGAGUUGGUUCUUACACCAAAUGUUCCAGAUAUACUGGUUCUUCUUCCUGAAGAUAAACACUUACAACAUGUUAUUGACACAAUGGCCCUACACGUUCUGGAUGGUGGAUGUGCCUUUGAACAAGCUGUUAUGGAGAGAGGCCGUGGAAAUCCUCUUUUUAAUUUCUUAUUUGAGCUUGGAUCCAAAGAACAUACAUACUAUGUUUGGAGACUUUACUCCUUCGCCCAGGGUGACACACUUCAACGGUGGAGGACAGAGCCCUUUAUCAUGAUAACUGGAAGUGGGAGAUGGAUUCCACCCUCUUUGCCGCCUACUCCAAGUCCAGAGCAAGAGAAAGAAGCUACCACCACGUAUGCAGCUGGUAGAAGCAGGCGUGUGGAGUUGGAAAGAACACUAACAGAUCCACAACGAGAUGAAUUUGAGGACAUGUUGCGUGCGUUAACUUUGGAGAGGAGCCAAGUAAAACAAGCUAUGGGUUUUGCUUUGGAUAAUGCUGAUGCAGCUGGAGAGGUGGUUGAGGUUCUUACGGAAUCGUUGACGCUUAAGGAAACGCCCAUACCGACUAAGGUUGCAAGGCUAAUGCUGGUUUCUGACAUCCUGCAUAACAGUAGUGCUCCAGUGAAAAAUGCUUCUGCAUAUCGGACAAAAUUUGAAGCUACUUUACCAGACAUAAUGGAGAGCUUCAAUGACUUAUAUCGUAGUAUUACAGGACGGAUUACUGCCGAGGCCCUCAAGGAACGAGUUUUAAAGGUUCUUCAGGUAUGGGCAGACUGGUUUCUUUUUUCUGAUGCGUAUGUCAAUGGUUUGCGUGCUACUUUUCUCCGAUCAGGGAACUCUGGUGUCACACCUUUCCAUUCUAUAUGUGGAGAUGCACCUGAAAUUGAAAACAAAAGUAGUUCCGAAGAUCUUCAAGAAGUGGACAAAAUUAAUCAAGAUGCUGCACUGGCAAUGGGGAAGGGAGCAGCUAUGCAAGAGUUACUAAGUCUACCUCUUACUGAACUGGAAAGACGUUGCAGGCAAAAUGGUCUCUCACUUCUUGGUGGUAGGGAAAUGAUGGUUGCAAGACUGCUGAAUCUGGAGGAAGCAGAAAAGCAGAGGGGAUAUGAUCGAGAUGAUGAGAUGAGAUAUGUGCAUAGCCAUUCUGGCAAUCAUAGAACAGAGGAUGACAGUUUGAAAGCGAAUAAUGCUGGUCACAGAGAAGCCAACCGUGGGAUGGAACCAAGAAGCUCGAGUAAGUGGAGUCGACAUGAUGAAGAGGGACAUGGGAAUGUUUUUUCAUCUUUAGCACCAACCCUUGCGAUUCCUCAGCCUGAGUUAAGAGCAUUCCCUAGCAAGAAAGAAAAAUAUGACCCUAUUUUACCAGAUUCUAAAUGGUCUCGAGAUGAUGAUGGCAGCGAUGAUGAAGAAAACCAAGGUGGUCGAGGUUUAGGCCUAAGUUAUUCCUCCUCUGGAAGUGAAAAUGCUGACGGUGAUCUUGAGAAGGCGGAGGAGGCUGACAUGGAAGCUGGCGCCAACAAUCUUCCUUUUCCUGAGAGUAACAUGAGUGAAGAGCACAGACAGAAACUCAGGCGUUUGGAGGUUGCUGUAAUAGAAUAUCGUGAAACUCUUGAAGAGCGAGGAAUUCGAAAUCCAGAGGAAAUAGAAAAGAAAGUUGCGAAUCAUCGGAGACGGCUUCAGUUAGAGCUUGGUUUACUAAAUUCUGUGGAAGGCUCCAGUAGGCAAUCAUCUCAGAGGACACCAACAGUGAGGAAGGGCAAGCGUGAAGAUGGGCAUGAAUCUUCAAGGAAGCGGCACCGAAGUCAGAGCAGAAGCCGCAGCCCACAAAAGAGGUCAUCAACCAGAGACAGGGAGAGGGUGAGCGAUGCUGAUAGGAGUCAAGAUAGACACCGUCAAAGAGAAAAGAGUGGAAGCAGAGAACGAGAUGACCAUGAAAGGGAUAGAACUAGAGAAAGGGACAGAGAUAGGAGAAGGAAGGGAAAAUGAGUAGCAGAAAGUGGUAAUGUGUUUUGGGGAAGAGGUUGUUCACAUGCUCUACUGAUGACCAGCUCGUUCUCAUGCCUAAAUUUCUUGUAUUUGGGUUUUGACAUUGAUAGAGAAUUGUUUCUUAGAAUUGUAUCAAUCCUUAGUAGAUGUGUUCUUCAGACUUUGUGCCCAUUACUAGCAAAAUCUUAAUUGAUGUAAUGAUCUUUUGUACUAAAUUCAUGGUAAAAGUGCCUUGCCUUUAUUAAUUGCAGAAAACUGGGAGCUUUUCUUGUCA